AAUUAAUUUGUAAUAAUGGCUACACUUAACUUCAUUGCGUUUUAUUUUAUUAUUGCUCAGAUAAUGGAGUCAUACGAAAGUAAAAUACUUCCGGGGAAAGGACCAUUAGCGGAGUAUCAGUACUGGCAGAAUUGCGAAACUGGAUUGACGAUGUUGGUUGAACAGUUAAAAAUGCCUAUCGUUAAAAGAAUUCUUGCUCUUCUGGAAAAAGCACUCUCGCCGAUUGCCUCGAGCUUCCAUUUUUUCCAGACCGAACUCUGGAAGCACUAUGUCAAAGCCAGGGACAACAAUAAAUUUAUCCAAACAUUGUUGAGAUAUUUUAAGUUGAUUAUUGAAUCGGAUUCGUUCGAAUCAAUAUUGGAGUGCAUUCCUUCGUUGAUGGAGGGCUUGCGAAUGCUCUGGGUGUUGUCAAGCUAUUAUUGCCACGAAGAAAAGAUGUUACACUUGAUGGAGCGGAUAUCGUGGCAACUCUGCGAGAAUGUCAAGCGAAAUUUGGCGAUUGUCUCGCUGUUUAAAAAGCCUCUAGAACAAAUUCUGGAGAAGACGAGCAAGGCCAGCGCGACGCUAAGAGAGUGGAAGCGAUCGUACUUGAAGACCCGACUGGAUAUCGAACAGUCGGGCAAGGGGGCACGCUGGGAAUUUGAUCAGAAGCGUCUCUUUAAGAACACAGAGUACAUCGCCGAGGUGUGCAGUGACCUCCACAAGAUCGCCGGUGUACUGCAGGACUUCUACAAUAUCUUUGGGCCAGACUUGAAGUCGAUCAUAAACGAUCCCGCUCAGAUCGACGCUGUGAUAAAGCGAGUGGACGCGCUAGUGGUGCCGAUUGAAGAGGCCGACUUCGAUAUCUUCAACACGUUCAACAAGGAGAACUGGGAGGCGUUGACUACCUGGUUUUAUGAGCAGGUGACGUUCCUGGAAGAUCAGGCCAAGUUCUACAUCGACGAGUGCUUCAUGGUGCUGAUCAGCGCUGAGAAUUCGCUGGAGAUGUUGCUAAAGUUCAAGAACAUGAAGACCCGAGAGACUAUUCAGCGUCAGUUGCUUCGAAAGUUCGACGUCAUUAUGCAGCAGUUUAGCAAAGAGGUCAACACAGUGGAGAGCAUAUAUCACCGUGGUAAAUGGCAUCCGCCGUUACUGACGUAUCACCCGCCGAUGGCGGGGGCGAUCUUUUGGGUGAAGCAACUGUUCCACAGGCUGCGCAGGCCGGUGUUGGUUUUCCAGAAAGUACACGAGCUGAAUCACAGCGAACCGAAACUGCUCGCAUUCAGCCAGUACUUCGAGCUCGCGAAGCAGCUGAAGAAUUUCGAGGAGGUGAAGUUUAACGCGUGGCUCGAAAAGGCGCUGCUGACGGUGACUACUAUCAUGAAGAGGAGCGUGUUGAGGAUAGUACGCGUGGAACGGGAUUCUCCGGCUACUUUGACCUUCCCAGACGAAGUCACGAAGGACCGCCAACUGACUCACGUGUCGUCGAAAGGGAAAGGCAAGGAUGUGGGCUCUAUCCUGUCGACUCCGCGUGAGUCUCUACUGAAGGUGGACAGGAUGAUAACGAAGACCAGCGCGGAGAUCGAAAGUUCCGGUGCCGUUGGGAGCUCUAGGAUCAUUUCUACAACGCAAACACGCUCGGAAGUGAGGCCCGACGCGAAAGGAUCCUCGUUGAAGGACGGCAAAACCUCAACGGUGUCCUUCGACAAGCACGAUCCGCGCACAAAGAUCACUUGGACGGAAUUCAUGAGCGGUGCCAUUUUGGUGGAGUGUCAGCUGCGUUUUCAGGUCAACUUUGACUGGGAGGUGUUUGAGAUUAUCAGAGAGGCGGAGAUGAUGGAACAGCUGGGCUUCGAAUUGCCCGCGACCAUCAGAGACGUUGGCAUUCAGAAGAAUCGGCUGAGAAGGGACAUCGACGCCACCACGAAGAUGAUCAAUCAGUACAAUGACAUUCUGGAUAGGUUGGACAGAGCGGAUAUACAAUUGCUAAAACAAACUCUGCAGGAUGUCGAGAAGCACAUUCAGCCUGGAAUAAUGCGGUUCAAUUGGAACUCCCUGAGUAUUUCGGAUUAUGCAGCCACGUGUCGCAGGAUUCUGAAAAACUUGAAUUCUAUCGUUGAGCAAGUCAACCAGAUAAAAAAAGAACUUGAUAACCGAAUACAAUCUGAAUUGCAAUCGUAUCAUCUGUUUUCUACAAGAAAAGAAGUCGCUGAAUCAGAAGAGCUCUUACCGUGCAAAAGUUAUUUUAUGGAAAUAAAAAGUCGACGAUCUGAAUUGGUGUCGUCGAUGUUAAAGACUUAUCAGUCAAUUAGUCCAAUGCUUGUAAAACUGGAAAGCUUGGUGUUAGGUACUGCCACCGGAACAAGUCCAGCCAUGCAGCUCUUAUACGAAAAAUACGAAAAGAAAAUCUUUGCUGCCUUUAUAACGUGUAUGGUAAGAAACAUGGAAGUUUUGAACAAAAUGUUAAACAAUUCGAAACCCCUCUUCCAAGUAGAUGCAUUAUUAUUAACGUCCGAAGUGAUAUUACGUCCAUCGCCCAACGAGAUUUACAGCACCAUUUGCCAUGAUGUGCGAGAUCUGCUCGAAAGACUAAAGGAAUUCUCCAGGUGGAUGAAUGGAACUUGUUUGGAGUGCAAACCGCAGAAGAGAGAGCUUUCGGAGGAUUGGAUUAUUUUCAGCUUUUUCGAAGACGUGAUGAGUAUUCGAAUAAUUAACGAGCUCGUUAGGAUGGUACACGACACGGCGUGCAGAAUCUCGGCGGACUGCUGGCGAUACGUGUAUAGAUGGAAGAAAUACAGCAACUUGUGGUCAUUUGAUAAAAAUCUGGUUUGCGAGAAAUUCGCGUCGACAAAACCUACGCUCUUUCAAUACGACGAGAAAUUCACGUUUUACGAAGGCGUUCUAGAGGAACUCGAAGAUAUGUCGUCCUAUUUCGACAUAAGCAGUGUACGGCUCAACCUGAAACCGCUUUUAUCAGGCAUCGAGCGUCAAGCAAAGGAAUGGAAGCAGAUUUUAGGGAAUUACCUUCUGUCUGAUACUGUGUUGGCAAUGGGCGAAUUGAAAGCUCAAAUCGACACCUUUCGCGGUGAGAUCGAGCUGGUAAUCACCGGGCUGGACCGUUUCGUGUCGAUCAUGCAGGCGAUCGCCGACGUGAAAAAUACAGCGAUCCAAGCCGAAGUGCAAUUUCUCGGUUAUCAGGAGUGCUUUCAAUCUAUGCGCGGCCACGGGAUCGUUUUUCCCCCAUCGGACGAAGCGAUGGCGUACGAACUACAACACGACUGGGAGUCGUUGUAUCUCGGAGCGCUCUACAGAGCUUCGACUUUGGAAAGCACGUUUGACAAAUUUUCUGAAUUGACUCAAGAGAAGAUACAGCAAUUCUUGGAGGAAACCGCGAUGUUCGCCGAAGAAUUUGAGACCAUCGGUCCCGGAAGCAUCGGGGACGACCUAGAGCUCGGACUGAAGAAAAUGGACAAAUACGGUAAGCUAAUCAAAAAGUACGAGGAAAGGCGAUUGAAUCUGAUACAGUUAGAAAACUUGUUCGAUCUACCGUCCACCGACUACUCAACUCUCCUCAAGAUCAAAACUGAAUACGAAGAUAUGGAGAUGCUCUACAAUCUUUACAAGGAGCAGAGAAGCGCACGAGAGAUUUGGGCGAAGACUCUGUGGGUGAAUUUGAAUCCCCAGCAGCUCAUCGAGGAUAUGGAACACUUUAUAAGGAAAUUCCGACAGCUGCCGAAAUCUGUUAGAAGUAUGAAUGUUGCCCACGCGUUUGAGACGAACAUGAAGGACUUUAAGAACUCAGUUCCACUUUUCAUCGAGCUGAAGAACGAAGCUAUGCGCGAGAGACACUGGCAAGAUUUGAUGAAAAGAACCGGUCAAUAUUUUGACAUGGACCCGGAUAGAUUUACUUUAGAAAAUAUGUUUGCUAUGGAGCUAGGCAAGUAUCAAGACAUCGCGCAAGAUAUUGUAAUGCGCGCCGUGAAGGAGCUUGCGAUAGAAAGAGGCUUGAAGGAAUUAGCGGAAGUAUGGAAGUCCAUGGAAUUCAAUAUGGUAAAACAUUACAAAGGUACAGAAGAUCGUGGUUUUAUUCUUGGUCCACUCGACGAAUUAAAUCAGGUACUCGAAGACAACAUGCUGACCGUUCACAGCAUGGCAGCAUCGCAAUUCGUCGGACCGUUUCUCAACGUCGUUCAGAAAUGGGAACACACGAUGCACACAAUCUCCGAAGUUCUGGAAGUGUGGGUGGACCUUCAGCGAAAGUGGCUGUAUCUCGAGGGCAUCUUCGUGGGCGGCGAUAUUCGCCUUCAGUUGCCGGGAGAGACAAAGAGAUUCGAUGAUAUCGAUCAAGCCUAUAGAAAAAUCAUGGCUGACACGUCGAAGAGGCUUAAUGUCUUAGAAUGUUGCAUGGUUCAUGGUCGAAAGGACGAGUUCGAAGCCAUGAUAGCGGCCCUUGAGAAAUGUCAGAAAUCUUUAACGGAAUACUUGCGCAACAAACGCAUUAUAUUCCCGAGAUUCAAUUUUAUCAGCGACGACGAACUACUGAGCAUUCUCGGCAGUGGCAGUCCAACGGCAAUUCAGGAACACGUAGGAAAGAUGUUCGAUAAUCUCGAUAAGUUCGCACUGGUAUCAGACAAUGUGGACAGUCCGAUAGUUACGGGCUUCGUGUCCUGCGAAAGAGAAAUUAUGGAUUUCAGAAACCCAGUAUCCAUGGAAGAGCAAAUUGAAAUCUGGUUGUGCUCGGCUGUCGAGGAAAUGAAGAGAUCGAAUCGAUAUCUGACGAAGAAAGCGGUCUACAAUUACGGCAAGGUACGAAGACCAAGAACAGAAUGGAUACUCGAGUUUCAAGGAAUGAUGGUCCUUGUAGCCAAUCAGAUAUGGUGGACUGCAGAAGUUGAAAAUGUUUUCGACAAGAUAUCCCAGGGGAAUAAACGCGCCAUGAAAGAAUAUUUACAACAACUCAACACACAAUUAGAUGAAGUGGUGACGCUGAUGGGCACCGACACGCUCACAAAUAAUGACCGAAAGAAGAUUGACAUGGUUUUGACUAUUGAUGUGCAUAUUCGUGAUAUUAUCGAGAGUUUUGUUAGAGACAGCAUUGUAGAUCCGACUGAAUUCGAAUGGGAGAGCCAAUUAAGAUUUUACUGGGUUCACGAUCUGGACAACGUAUGGAUGAAUCAAUGUACGGGCACUUUCGAAUACGGUUAUGAAUACAUGGGUCUUAAUGGCAGAUUAGUAAUUACGCCUCUGACGGACAGGAUAUACCUCACUAUUACGCAAGCCCUUUCGAUGCACUUGGGCGGUGCACCAGCGGGUCCCGCUGGGACCGGAAAGACUGAGACGGUGAAGGAUUUAGCGAAAGCUCUGGGGCUCUUAUGCAUCGUAACCAAUUGCGGCGAGGGAAUGGACUACAUCGCGAUCGGAAAGACUCUGAACGGUCUCGCCCAAUGCGGGGCAUGGGGUUGCUUCGACGAGUUCAAUCGUAUCGACAGCUCUGUUCUUUCCGUUAUCUCGACCCAGCUGCAAACUAUACGCUCGGCGCUGCAAGUUAAGGCUCAAAGAUUCACGUUUGAGAACCAAGAUAUCGUAUUGGACUCUAAAGUGGGGAUCUUCAUCACCAUGAAUCCAGGAUACGCUGGUCGCACGGAAUUACCGGAGUCCGUUAAGGCCCUUUUCAGACCAGUGGUCUGCAUAGUGCCAGAUAACGAGCUAAUCUGCCAGAUCAAGCUCUUCAGCGCCGGCUUUCUUACAGCAAAGUUGCUCGCGAAGAAGAUGACUGUUUUGUACAAGCUGGCGAGCGAGCAACUAAGCAAGCAAACGCACUACGACUUUGGCUUGAGAGCUCUUAAAUCCGUGCUUAAUAUGGCCGGCCAGCUGAAGAGGACUUCCAGCGAUUUGCCCGAGGACGUCGUGCUGAUGAGAGCUCUCAGAGACAUGAACUUAUCUAAGUUCAUAUACGACGACGUGCCUCUCUUCCUGGGUCUCAUCAGGGAUCUCUUUCCUGACUUGGAUUGUCCUAGAGUGCACUAUCCAGACCUUAAUAGGGCGAUUGAGACGGUACUGAGGGAACAUGGCUAUAUCGUUUUACCUGAGCAAGUUGAUAAAAUCAUUCAGUUAUACGAGGUAAUGAUGACCAGACAUUCGACGAUGAUCAUCGGUCCCACUAGUGGUGGUAAGACAGUGAUUAUAGAAACGCUCUGCAGGGCUCAGACGCACCUUGGUCUACCCACGAAGCUGCACAUUCUAAAUCCUAAGGCUUGCACCGUCGUUGAAUUGUACGGAAGGCUCGAACCUACAACGCGCGAUUGGACGGAUGGUCUGUUGAGCAGUAUCUUUCGCGAAAUUAAUCGACCCCUGGAUCUCGGUAAGGAUGAACGAAGAUACAUACUUCUCGACGGAGAUGUCGAUGCGCUGUGGAUCGAAAACAUGAACUCGGUAAUGGAUGACAACAAGCUGCUGACUCUGGCCAAUCAAGAAAGGAUCAAACUGCAAAGUUAUUGCAGUCUGCUUUUCGAGAUAAGCGACUUGCAAUACGCUUCACCUGCGACGGUUUCAAGAGCGGGUAUGGUCUAUGUAGACCCGAAAAAUCUGGGCUACCAGCCGUACAUGGACAGAUGGAUACAGACGAAAAGCAAAGCCGAUCAAGAUUUUCUUCGAGAAAUGUGCGAGAAAUACGUGCACGGCUCACUUAGGCUCAUCACCGAAGGAAUGUUGGGUUUUGAAACCGCCAAACCGCUUCGAACUAUCAUACCGCAAACUGAACUCAAUAUGGUAACUCAAUUUUGCUACGUAUUCGAUGGCUUGUUGUCAUCGUUGAAAGACGAAUUAGCAAAGAAGAAGUCGGAAAUUGAUCGAAAAGAAAAGGACAAUUUAUUGGUGACUAAAGAAGAGCUCUGGGAGGCGAUGUACAUUCAAGCGUGUUAUUGGUCGUUCGGUGCAUCUAUUGUGGACGAGGCACGCUCUAAGUUCGAUGAGUAUAUAAAAAAGACAUGCGGUCUUACAUUAACGCAAGACACGUCCGUCAAACCGGCAGCCGCUAGAUAUAUACCCGUGUCAUUUCCAACCCUCUACGACUAUGUGCUAAAUUUGAAGAAAAACGUUUGGAUGGCAUGGAAAUGGUUGGUACCGGCGUAUUUUCACGACAGGCAGAAGAACUUCUCGGACAUUUUAGUACAGACAAUCGAUACUCUGCGCACCACGUGGUUUAUUGAUCUCAUGAACAAUCAACAGAGACCGGUACUGUUGGUCGGGGAAACUGGCACGUCGAAGACGGCCAUUAUUCAUGAAUUUCUAAGGAACUUGAACCCCGAAAGAUUCGAGCAGCUUUUAAUUAAUUUUUCCUCGAGAACCACUUCGAUGGAUGUGCAGAGAAAUAUUGAAUCAGUAGUGGAUAAAAGAUCAAGAGAAGUAUAUGGGGCACCACCCGGAAAGAAAUUAAUAGUUUUUAUCGACGACAUGAAUAUGCCAGUUGUCGAUAUUUACGGAACGCAGCAGCCCAUCGCAUUCCUUAAACUAUUGUUUGAGAGAGGCGGCUUUUACGAUCGCGGACGUGAUUUGAAUUGGAAGUACUUGAAAGAUAUCUGUUAUUUAGCAGCCAUGGGAGAACCGGGUAGCGGCAGGAAUGAAGUCGAUCCGCGAUUUAUCUCGAUGUUCUCGAUUUACAACGUGACUUUCCCAACGACCAAGACCCUCCAUCACAUUUACACGAGUAUCCUGUCCGGACAUCUACAAACAUUUUCGGAGGCAGUUCAGUCCAUUGCUAACGGACUCGUACAAUUGAUGUUGGAACUUUACGAGUCAGUUAAGAAGCGGUUACUGCCGACACCGUCCAAAUUCCACUACAUCUUUAACAUGCGAGAUCUCUCGAGAAUCACGGCCGGAUUGCUCCAGAGUUAUCCUGACUUCUAUCCAAGCGCGAAGCAGUUUGUCAGGCUCUGGAGAAACGAAAUCACCCGAGUUAUAUGCGAUCGUCUCAUUAGCGUGCAGGACGAGAACUUGGUAAUUGAGCAACUGAAUGAAAAAAUACGGAAUUAUUGGGACCUAGAACCCGAAGUGGUUAAGUACAGUUUAAGAGACCCGAUACUCUACGGCGAUUUCAGGAAUGCCUGCAACGAGGAUGAACCUAGGUUUUAUGAGGAUCUGUUGGAUUACGAGGCGGUUUACAGCUUGUUUCUAGAGAUUUUCGAAGAAUACAACGAGAGGAACAAGACUAAACUGCACAUGGUUCUCUUUAAUGAUGCAUUAGAGCAUCUGACCAGAGUGCACCGUGUACUUCGAAUGCAUCGCGGUCACGUGCUGGUUAUCGGAACGGGCGGUAGCGGCAAGAAAUCUGUAAUAAGAUUGGCGUCAUUCGCUGCCGGUUACCAGCUAUUUCAGAUCGUCCUGAGUCGCGGAUACAACGAAGCGUUCUUCCGCGAGGACAUGAAAAAUCUGUACAACAUGGUCGGGUUAGAGAACAAGAAGGUCGUGUUCAUGUUCACAUCUGGCCACAUCAAGGACGAGAGCUUUCUUGAGUUGGUGAACAACAUGUUAACGGCGGGCUUCGUGCCAGGUCUUUUCAAUGACGAAGAGAAAGAUACGAUCGUUACUUCCUGCAGAGGGGCAGCGGUUAAAGCAGGCUUUGAUAUUUCAAAGAAAAGCGUCUGGUCGUACUUUGCCAAGACGUGCACCGCAAACUUACGGAUAGCGCUGGCGAUGAGUCCAUCGGGCGAUGCCCUGCGGACGCGAUGUCGCAAUUAUCCUGGCUUGAUCGACAAUACCACUAUAGACUGGAUGUUUCCGUGGCCGCAGCAGGCCCUGGUGGCGGUGGCAAACGUUUUUAUCAGAGAUAGUCCAAUUGUGCCGCAGGAGUACAAUAAGGUAAUCGUGAGUCACAUCGUGCACGUGCAUACAUCCGUAUUACAAUAUACAGUGGACUUCGCGACGAAACUGAGGCGACGAAAUUAUGUCACGCCAAGGCAUUUCUUGGACUUCAUCAACACUUAUCUAAAGCUGAUGGUGGAGAAAAAGAACUUCAUAAAUUCACGUCGCGCGCGCCUUUCCGGAGGACUGCAGAAGAUCAUGGAAGCUUCGGUGUCGCUGACGGAACUAAAUAAAGUCUUGGAUGUGCAAAGAAUCAAAGUGAAUGAUCAAACACGAAGUUGCGAACAGUUGCUCGCGUCCAUCGGCGAGAGUACAGACGUCGCGAUGGAGAAGAAGCAACUGAGCGAAGAGAAAAGGAAGGAAAUUGAGGACAAGAAGAAAAUGAUAGCCAAAGAGGAAACUGAAGCCAGGCAGGCUCUGGCGGAGGCCCAACCGGCUCUUGAUGCGGCUAAACUUGCACUGAGCGAACUCGAUAAAGCUGAUAUCACCGAGAUAAGAUCUUUCGCCACUCCGCCCGAACCGGUGCAGAUUGUUUCGGAAUGCGUUGCGAUACUUCGGAACGUCAGAGACGUGUCGUGGAAAGGAGCGAAAGGCAUGAUGAGCGAUCCUUAUUUUUUGAGACACUUGCAGGAAAUGGAUUGCGAUCAGAUUACUCUGCGGCAACAGCAAGCAGUUCGGACGCAUUUGAAGAAAACUGAUAAGCUAGAUCAGAUGCAGUUCAUUAGUAAAGCGGGAUACGGCUUAUACAAAUUUGUGCUUGCUGUUCUGGAUUACUGCGCCGUUUAUAGAGAGGUGAAGCCAAAAAUCGACAGAGUUCAGGAGCUCGAAGCGGAAUCCGAAAAAGCCAGGCGCGCGUUGGAAAAGGAAGAGAGAGAAUUAAAACGAUUGGAGAAAAUGAUCCAGGAAUUAAACGCGAAGUACGAUGUCGCGAUGAACGAGCGACAGAAUCUUCAGGACGAAACAGACUUGCUGCAACGACGUCUUAUAGCUGCCGACAAGCUUAUCUCCGGAUUAUCUUCCGAGAAUGAACGAUGGCGGAAGGAUCUGCAGGUUCUUCAAGAUGAUAUGCAGAAGAUUACGGGAAAUUGUUUGCUCGGAGCGUCGUUUUUGACCUACAGCGGGCCGUUCUCCUACGAAUUCAGGAAUGAAAUGUACAGCGACUGGCGGAGGAGCAUUUUAGAGAAGAAAUUACCCUUAUCGAUCCCCUUCAAACUCGAAACGCAACUAAGCGACGACGUUGAAAUUAGCAGAUGGAAUUCAGAAGGUCUCCCACCGGACGAGCUAUCCGUGCAAAACGGUAUACUUGCCCUGAAAGCAUCCAGAUUUCCAUUUUGCAUUGAUCCGCAGCAGCAAGCGUUAAAUUGGAUUAAGAAGAGGGAACAGAAACAGAACUUGAAGAUUCUCUCCUUUACAGACGCGGAUUUUUUUAAGCAAGUCGAAUUGGCUAUUAAUUAUGGUCUGCCUGUGCUUGUUGAAGAUGCCGACGAGGUUGAUCCCAUCUUGGACAACGUCUUAUCGCGAAAUAUUCAGACCGCUGCGGGGCGAACUUUCGUCAUUCUUGGUGAUAAAGAGGUAGAUUAUGAUCCACGAUUCCGAAUAUAUUUAACAACGAAAAUGACCAAUCCGAUGUUGGAUCCUGCCUUGUAUGCCAAAGCAGUUGUUAUCAAUUACAUGGUCACCACAGCAGGUUUGGAGAACCAACUUCUGUCGGUAGUGGUGAGAACCGAAAGACCGGACAUCGAGGAGCAGCGCGAGACGCUGAUCCUGGAGACCAGCGAGAACAAGAAUCUGCUGCAGCAACUGGAAGACAGUCUUCUGCGCGAAAUUGCCAUGGACCAGCGCAACAUGGUGGACAACAUCGAGCUGAUUGAGACCCUGGAAAACAUCAAGUCCAGCGCCAGGGAAGUGAUGAACAAACUGUCGCUCGCGGAAGUCACUGCGGCCGACAUAAACAAGCUUCGCGAAAACUAUCGUCCGGUGGCGAAGCGGGGCGCAAUUCUGUUCUCCGUGCUGGUCGACAUGGCCACCAUAAGCGCCAUGUAUCAGUACUCUCUGAUCAGCUACGUCGAAGUGUUUGUUCACUCGCUAAAGCGAUCGUUACCCGAUCCGGUGAUCGCUAAACGACUGAGCAGUAUUAUUCCAAUGUUGACGAAGAAUGUUUACAAUUACGGCUGCACUGGCAUCUUCGCGCGGCACAAGCUUCUCUUCUCCUUGCAAACUUGCGUAAAAAUAGAGCAGAGUUUGGGCAACGUGAAUCAAAAGCAAUUGGAUUUCUUCAUCAAGGGCAGCGUGGCCUUGGAGAAAUCGCUCGAACCUACUCGUUGGUUGUCGGCGUCGGGCUGGGAAGACGUCCUCAAGCUGGCGAGCGAUUUCCCGGAGAAGUUUGAACAACUUCCGGAAGAGCUACGGGAUUACGAAGACGAGUGGAAGAAGUGGUGCGACUCCGACACACCGGAGUCGGAUGAUCUUCCGUGCGACUAUAGCACGCGGUUGACACCAUUCGAGAAGCUGAUGCUGUUACGUUGCUUCCGCGUAGAUCGCGUCUAUCGUGGCAUAAUUAGUUACAUCACCGAGAUCAUGGGCGAGCAAUACAUCACGCCGCCUCGUGUGAGCUUCGACAUGAUUUUCGAGGAAAGUAUGCCGACCAUGCCUGUGGUCUUUAUUUUAAGCCCGGGUUCAGAUCCCACGUCGGAGCUGAUGAAGUUGGCCGAUCGAUAUGGCUGCGGCGGAGGAAGAUUCAGAUAUCUCUCCCUCGGUCAAAGCCAAGAUAAGAUCGCGAUGGAAUUACUGGAGACAGCGAUAACGAGAGGUCAGUGGCUGAUGCUGCAGAAUUGCCACUUGCUGUUACCCUUCACGAAGAAGCUAGAGAAGAUCGUGGAGAACAUAGAGAAGCCUCAUCCCGACUUCCGCUUAUGGCUCACCACCGAAUCAACCCCCAAUUUUCCAAUCGGAAUACUCCAGCAAUCUCUAAAAGUGGUGAUGGAACCGCCGAGUGGAUUGAAGCCAAAUUUGCAAAACACGUACUUCAACAUGCGACCGCAGCUCUUAGAAAGUUGCCCUCAUCCACUUUACAAGCACUUAAUUUAUGUUCUCGCGUUUUAUCAUGCAGUUAUUCAGGAGAGAAGAAAGUACGAUAAGAUCGGAUGGAACAUAAAGUACGAUUUCAAUGAGUCGGAUUUCAAUGUGUGUGUUAGCAUCCUAGACACUUAUUUGACGAAGGCACUGGCAACAAAGGGCUUUCAAGUACCGUGGAACAGCCUUAAGUAUUUAAUUGGCGAAGUGAUGUAUGGCGGAAGAGUGAUAGACAGCUACGAUCGUCGCGUUUCGUACACAUAUAUGGACGAGUAUUUCGGUGAUUUUCUCUUUGACGAGUUUCAACCGUUUCACUUUUACAAGGACGACAUCGUCGACUACGUGAUACCGCCGGAAGGAAAUCGCGACGAUUACUUGCGAUUUAUCGAAGAGCUCCCGCUGGUAAAUGGCCCGGAGGUGUUCGGGUUGCAUCCAAACGCCGAAAUAGGAUACUUUACGCAGGCAGUUAAUAAAAUGUGGAGGCAUCUCAUAGAACUCCAGCCGCAAAUUGCCAUGGACAUCAGCGGCGUCAGCAAGGAUGAAUUUAUCGACAAUGUAGCGAAAGAGGUUUUGACCAAAAUACCCGCGCAAUAUGAUGUUAGUAAGGUCAAGAGAAAUUUCGGCGUGGCUGUAACACCGACCGCGAUCGUUCUAUUUCAGGAAUUAGAGCGAUUCAACAAAUUAAUAGAAACAAUUACAAAAACGUUGACCCAACUGAGAAAGGCUAUUGCUGGCGAAAUCGGAAUGGACGCGAUGCUGGAGAACGUUUCCGCAGCGCUUUAUAACGGUAUUCUGCCCAAAGAAUGGGCCAGACUGGCGCCAGAUACGCGAAAGAAUCUUGCCGGCUGGAUGGACCACUUUCAAAAGAGAAUAAAUCAAUACACAAACUGGUCAGGCGCGAAUGAACCCGUGGUGGUCUGGUUGUCCGGAUUGCAUGUUCCGGAGACUUAUCUGGCGGCUCUGGUACAAAUGACUUGCCGCAAGAAUAAUUGGCCCCUCGAUCGUUCCGCCAUUUACACGACGGUGUCCACGUUCUCUAAACCCGACGAUGUGGAAGAGAGACCCAAUCAUGGUUUUUACGUGCACGGAUUGUAUGUGGAAGGCGCUAGGUGGGAUAUGAAAGAGCGUUGUUUGAAAAGAUCGCAUCCGAAAGUUUUGAUUGAGGAACUGCCAAUAUUGACCGUCAUACCUACUGAAGUUCAUAGACUGAAGUUACAGAAUACGUUUAAAACUCCCGUAUAUAUUACUUCAAACCGGCGAAAUGUCCUCGGUGUUGGUUUAGUCUUCGAAGCAAAUUUAGCGACUCCGGAACACAUUUCGCAUUGGGUGCUUCAAGGUGUUUGUCUAUUGUUAAAUGCAGAUUAAAACUGUCUUUAAAACUAAUAAGAAAGUGAGAUAUUUAAAGUACGCUGUAUUUUUCAAUAUAUUUGAUGUAUUACUAUAUCUAUAUCUGUAUCUGUAUUAAUCAAUGAUUGUACUGUAAACAUAACUGGCUAUAAAACUAUUCUUAUAUAUUUUCAAAUAUUAUAAUUUUAAUAAAAUUAUGUUGUCGACGUGCAGCACUUUCUCGCGCUUGCACAUGCGAAUGCGCACUCCCGGAAAUCGUGGAAAUAGUCAAGAGCGCAGGAACAACAACGAAAUGUAAUAAUAACAAAAUCCGUUGCUAAAUCCUUAUAAAAAUGUUAACAUUGGGUAGUAUAAAUUGGCCAA